AUGACAACUAAAUUAAAUCUGCUCUUAGCUGAGAUUGCAGAGCUUAGGAAGGAGAAUGCUGAGAUUCCCGAACUUAGAGAGAAGUUACUAAAGUUUGCUGAGGUUGAGGCUGAGAAUGCGAAGCUGAAGCAAAUUAUUGAAGAGAAUGCAAGGCGUGAUUCUGAGAAUGCCGAACUCAAGUCUAGAGUUGGAGAGCUUGAGGCUAGACUUGCAUUAUUAGAACAGGGUUCAGCUGUGGAUGGGAUGGCGUUGUCAUUUGGUCAGACACAAAAUGAUAAAGAAGCGAUGCCAGUGGUGACGGUACCAACUGUUGAUGUACCCGAUUCUGUAAUAGACCAACUCAAUAAUGAAGUAGAACGAGCACCUAGUGACCUUCGGUAUGUAAAAAACAUGUCAUGUAUACAGAUUAAACAAAAAACAAGUAUUGUAUGGAAACCGAUGUAUGUAUGGUGUCACAUGUAUGCUAUGUAUGGUAACGAUUUCAUACAUGAGCGAUUGAACAUAUUUCUAGUAAGAGGAAAGAGUUUUGUCUAA